CGUGGAUGCUUGCAACUCGCUGGACAUGCUCUCGCGAUGGAGGGGAAUAUCGCUAGAGAGGGCAUGGUGCUCAUGGCACCGCUCGGCAUAUUUAUGCUCGCUGCCGUAUUUCGACGAGAUGUCUCUUAAGUCGGGAUUUGCUGGAACUCGCUCCCUCAGAGCGAGGAAGCGCUGCAAAUCUUCCGCGAGAAAAUGUCAAUGUGGGCCAACGGCAGUCCAAGGGAUGGCGCGAUCGCCAGCGCUGGACGCCUUCGCGGCUGCUCUGCGAGAAUGCCGCGAGCACGGAUCUCUGGGUGAGGGCAAGCGCAUCCACGCACAGAUCGCCUCCAGCGGCGUCUAUGGUGAAGAAUCUUAUCAUGGAAAUGUAUGGGAAUUGCGGGCGCACGGCGGAUGCCUUGGAAGAUGGAAGUUAUUUUCUUGUGGAACAUUGUUAUCACGGCAUUUGCCUAGAACGGGCAAAUGUGAUGGCGCUCUUUGGGGAAAUUCUUGCCGAUCUACAUUCUUGCAGCCAUCAAUGCCCAUGCGGCGUAGAUCCAUGCGCUACGCCGCUGGCCCGAAUAGCUCCACUUCCAUCGGCAUAGCGCUGUUCGACGCCUACGGCAAGCUCACAGGAGAUCGAAUUCAAGGACCAACCGUAGAUCCCUGGUGAUGCUCCUCGAAGGGAUCAGGCUCCCCUUUCAGCCUUUGUCGACGCGUGGCGAUCACCGAUGAUCAUAGGUCCACCUCUCGAGCUGUGAUCUUAUCCAUUCGCUCACCGGUGAGGCCGGCUAUCGCGAUGCGAUUACCUCGUGGAUUGCAACUGCACGCGAGGAUCAAUGAGAGGGACAUGAAGAGGAGAGAUCGGAACACGUUCCUCUCAAUCAGACCAAGUGGUCGACCACUUCCAGAGAAUCCCAGCGGGAUCGCUUGACGUUCUCGAGUGUUGCGCCUGUGGAGCAGGGCAGGAUGAUCCAUGCUGGAGAGGAAGAUCGCUGGAGAUGCUCCAGAUGGUGCUGCUCAACAUGUCUGCUCGCUGCCGAUUGUUUUCGACGUGAGGAACAGCUCCUUGCUUUCGCUGGAAGCUUUCCCAUCGAGCGGUAUGCCCGGAAAAGGCAUUGCGUGGAGGCUCUUCAAUGCUAUUAACUUCUUCAGUGUUCUCGAUAGCUGGAAAGGCGAACGGGGAUAAUAAUGCACGACCAACCCGAUGGCGAGCUUGGGUCUUCUACCGACUCUCUCUGUGGGAGGAGCUCUUAUCAACGAGUGCAGUGACUUGGAUGGAGCAGCACAGGUUUUUAAGGAGAUGCCCUGGCUUGGACGUUUCUAAUUCGUCUAUGGGAACUUGGUGCUUACAAGAGCGUUUUGAUAGCGUGCCUGACAAAAUCUUGUCUCCUGGAACGUUCUAAUCAGUUCUUAUGCAGAGAUGGAGAUGCCUUGGAAGUCCACCACAAGAUGGAACUGGAGGGACUGAAACCGGAUGAUUCAUUUCGUUUUCUCUGAAGGAGCAAAAGCUGUUUUUGAUACAGUUACUUCCAAGGACGUUGUUUUGUAGACUGAUUUGCUCAUGGCUUACUCUCGAAACGGGGAUGCAAAAGAAGCGCUUCUUGUUACUCCAAAUGCCGUGGAUAGCGUCGAAAGCAAGGACAUCGUAACUUGGAACGUUAUAGAAAUGGCCAUGGACGAGAAGCAGUCGGCUUUACCAAAAACUGUAGUAGACAUCCUGGAGGAGGCACUCAUAUGGAUUCGUGGAGGCUGUUAUUUAAGUUGAUCGGGCUUUUUCCUUAGGUUACUAGUAUCUGAUGGCAGUGCUCUUGUCCUCCGGUAACGCAAGGCUAGAAUUAUGGAGCAAAGUGCACAUAGGCUAUGGUAGAGCUCGGCAAAAGAGGGCGGCAUGGAAUCUAAGAGCAGGCUGUGGCGUUAGAGCGUCGUUAGACGCACUCGUCUUCGACUGUGACGGGGUAAUUCUCGAGUCGGAAGAUUUGCACAGGCGAGCCUACAAUGCGACGUUUGAGAAUUUUGAGGUCCGGUGUCCAGGGAAUAAGUCCCCAGUUGUGUGGAGCACAGAAUUCUACGACGAGCUGCAGAACCAAAUUGGAGGAGGAAAGCCAAAGAUGAGAUGGUACUUCAAUAGGAACGGCUGGCCUUCCUCGAGCUUGUAUAGCUCGCUCAAAGAUGACGAUGCGAAGGCCCAGCUCAUCGACACACUUCAGGAUUGGAAGACAAACAAGUACAAAGAUAUCAUUGCGUCUGGAGCGGUUGAGCCACGACCAGGAGUUCUUCGCCUAAUGGAUGAAGCUCGUGAUAUGGGAAUUAAGGUGGCUGUUUGCUCAGCUGCAACAAAGAGCUCUGUAGUAUUUUGUCUCACGAAUUUGCUUGGCAAGGAAAGGUUUCAGCAAUUAGAUUGCUUUCUAGCAGGCGAUGAUGUCGAAGAAAAGAAGCCCAAUCCAAUGAUCUACAAAGUCGCAGUAGAGAAACUUGGAGCAACCCCGGACAAGUGUAUCGUGAUAGAAGACAGCGUCAUUGGUCUCAAAGCAGCAGUGGGUGCUGGUAUGAAAUGCGUAGUGACUUUCACAAGUUCUACAAGCAAGCAGGAUUUUAGCGAAGCUGCAGCUGUAUUCUCCAGCUUGGAAACCGUGAGUUUGGAUCACCUCGUGAAGUUACUGGACGAACGUGUGAUUGCUACUGGCUAAAUUCGUCUAUGAGCUUAAAGGAGAGUUCUUUCGCCAACAUAAAUCGAUGCAAACUUUGUGUCUGUGAAACACAACUAUUUUGCCUAUAUACUAGGCUCAAGAUGUGUUCAGCUGUAGUUUCCAGCUUCAAAAGUGUAAACGUUCCUCUCUCUUGAAGCUAUAAAAGCCUACACAUCACAGGAAUGUAGUGCUUGUAGGUGAUAAAUAAAAAAUAAAUUUUU